CUCUCAUUUUUGUUAUUCAUUUUCUUGGUCAUGUUAGAGGGUUUUAAUAGAGAGAAUCUGGGUGAAACAAAGCUAAAACGAUGGAGCUUAGCUUGGACUUGAGUUUGGUUUGUGAACCAAAAACAAUAAAUGAAUGUCUUAAAGAGGUUUCGAUGGUUAAAGAUGGAAGCCAAAAGUUAACAAAGCUUUAUGAUUAUGUCGAGAGAUUAGAAGAUGAACGGAGAAAGAUUGAUGCUUUUAAACGUGAACUCCCUCUUUGCAUGCUUCUCUUGAAUGAAGCUAUUGCGAGAUUAAAGGAGGAGGCAAUGCAGUGCAGUGAAUUGAACGAUUUGAUACCAUUGAAAGGGAAUUCCAAUGAAGAUGGGAAUGAUAAAAAGAACUGGAUGAGUUCUGUUCAGCUUUGGAACACUAACAACCACUUGGAUUGCAAAAAGCAAGACUCGAAAUCAGAACCAAAACAGAAAAGUGAAGAAGAUGAUGAUAGGUCUACUUGUGAGAACCCAGUUCAGUUAGGUGAUCAUAGCAACAAGGGAGAGGCUUUUGUGCCUUUCAAGGCUCUUUCUGGUUUUGAAGGGAGUAAAAGGAAGGAAGAAAAGGAGGUUGUUUCGCAAGUUACCGGACUUUCUCCUAUGACUCCAGUUCCUGAUUUGAGUUCCUGCAAUUGGACGCGAAAGAGCAACAAUUGUAGUAAUCAAACGAAGAUACUGAGUAAAUCACAACAGCAGGCUUACAGGAAGCAGCGGCGGUGCUGGUCACCAGAGCUUCACCGGCGCUUUGUUGAUGCCCUUCAACAACUUGGUGGUUGUCAAGUGGCCACUCCUAAACAGAUCAGAGAGCAUAUGCAAGUGGAUGGCCUCACCAAUGAUGAAGUUAAAAGCCACUUGCAAAAAUACAGGCUUCAUCUCCGUAAAGUCCCAGCAUCCCCAGCAGCCCCAGCAUCUCAAGAUCAAUGCAAGGACCCUUCAACAGGUAACAUUUCACAGUCUAAUUCUCCGAAAGGAUCCCUCCAUGCAAGUGGCUCUGCCAAGGCUACCUCUAAUACUGGAGGAGAUAGCAUGGAAGCAGAAGACGAUGACAAAUCAGAGAGUCAUAGUUGGAAUGGUGCGCUUCACAAACCAGGAGAAGCUCAUGUAUAGUGUGACAAACCGAUUCUGAUCCCAUGAAUUUUGCAGAUACAAAUAUACAUAGGGAAUUGGGUUGUAGUCUGUAGAGAUGAGCAGAAUAAUGAAGUUUACAAAGAUAGGAUUCAAAAUUGGAGUGUUUUUUUACCUUGAGACAGUAACAUUAGAGGCAUGGUGAAAUUUGGCAGAUAAUAUAGGCUAUGUCCCUUCCUGUUGAGUUCAUCAUGAAUUUCUGUAAUUCAUAUUUACGAAUUCUAAGAAGUUUCGUAAAUUUUUUUUAAAACUUACAGCUUUCAUUUACA